GGCGUCGAAGGUCGUGUCAUAUAACGCCGUUUCCGGUACAGGAUGUCGUCAUACCCCAGAAGUGAGGCUGAUGCUGAGGAUGGAAGCUGUGGGAUGUUUCCUCUCAUCUGGACAUCGCGUAGCUGUGACCUGGGACAACACUUCCACCCCGGAGCGCCUGCAGGAGUUCGUGCCACAGGUUCAGGCUGCCGUGGCCCCAGGAGGAAAGGUUUCUGUGGAGAAUGUGGAGAGAUUGCUGCUGUCUGCCCACGCAGACUCCAGCUAUGACACCGUCCUCCUCGGUGCAGUCCCGGGAAGUGCUGCCGUCCAUAACUCUGAUGUUUUGGCUGAAGUUGCUCGAAUCCUGAAACCUGGUGGAACAGUGAUUAUUCAGGAACCAGUGGACCUCCAUGCUGCUCCUGAUGCACAUCUCAGAUCCCCGGCUCGGCUUUCCUCCGCUCUCACCCUCUCGGGACUUACAGGAGUGAAGCAGUUGCUACAAGAGCCUCUGACAUCACAGCAGAUACGAAGCAUUGGGGAACAUCUGGGCUACUCGGGUGGGGAAAUGGCCACUGUCACACUAUCCGCUAACAAACCCAACUAUGAAGUAGGAUCUACAAGGCAGCUGUCACUUUCCAAACGCCCAGUGCCAGGUAAACCCUCCGUGGAUCCAGCUGCUGUGAAGCUAUGGACACUGUCUGCCAGUGAUAUGAAUGACGAUGAUGGGGAUCUCUUAGACUCUGAUGAGCUCCUGGAUGCAGAAGACCUCAAGAAGCCUCUUCCCUCCUCCCUGCAGAAGAGCGGGUGUGGAGAAGGGAGUGAGAAGAAACGCAAGGCCUGCAAGAACUGCACGUGUGGAUUAGCAGAGGAGUUGGUGGAGGAAAAGAGCAAGAUUGUUACCCCAAAGCCUGCCCCUUCAGCAUGUGGCAAUUGUUAUUUAGGAGACGCAUUUCGCUGUGCCAGUUGCCCGUAUCUCGGAAUGCCAGCAUUUAAACCAGGAGAGAAGGUUCUGCUGAAUCCCAGCCAGCUGCAGGACUCCUAGUGCCGGAGGAAUUGUCUCUGUAUAUAAAGAUGUUAUUUACAAUAAAAAGUGUAACUGCCUUCA